AUGGUGAAGGUAGAUAUACUCUUUGUUAACAUGCAAAAUAGUUUUAUGCAAAAUGCACUCUCCCCUGCUGAAGAGCUCCUGCUGUGGUGUUUGUUGGUGAAGGAAGGUGUUAUGGGUAGGGUUGUUGACAUAUUUUCCCAUUAUGUAGUAGGACCUGUUAUUCCAAUUUGCAAGGCUGAGUUGAGGCCUUAUGAAGGUCAAAAAUUUUCUUCACUUGAGGAGGGGAUUUCCUUUUCUGAAAAACAAGGUUUUCAUACAGUUGAUCCGUUGGAUGUCGGUGUAAUUAUAUCUGACGAUGUGAACGUGUCAGAUGACGAUGAAGAACACAAUCAUGCUAUGGUUGACAAAGAUCAUAAGCGAUUUAUGAAAGGAAAUCGCAAUAUGAAUGAUGUUCAUCACAAGUUUGUUGAAGAUUGCACCAAAGCUAACAUCGGUGCUACUUCAACUUUCAACUUAUUAAAGGAGUUUUUUGGUGGUUAUGAUGUUGUUGGGUGUACGUUGAAUGAUGUUAGGAAUGGUUCUCGUGAUAUUAAAGAGAAACUGAAAGAAGUGGAUGUUCAAAUGAUCCUAAAUCAGAUGCAAGAGAAGAAGAGAAUUUGUGAAGGCUUUUUUUACAAAUAUCAAUUAUCACCUGAUGAUAAUAAGUUAGUGAGCUUAUUUUGGUCUGAUGCUGAGUCUCGGAAACAUUACCAUAUGUUUGGAGAUGUUGUAGCAUUUGAUACAACAUAUACGACAAACAUGUAUCGUAUGGUGUUUGGUCCAUUUACUGGGAAAGACAAUCACGGGUGUCCUAUUGCAUUUGGAGCUGGUUUCGUAUCCAGUGAGAACUGUGAUGCAUUCUCAUGGCUUUUUACUGUGUCAAGGAUCAUAAUCACAGACCAAGAUUGGGGAAUGAGGCUUGCAAUUGAGAAGUAUAACAAUGCCAUUGAUGCUCAAAGGAAUCAAACUGAAAGGCUUGACUAUUAUGAUUAUGUAAUCUCUCCAAAAUAUGCCACUGAUUUAGCAUUUGAGAAACAAUUGGCAUCUGUAUACACGGAUAGGAUGUUUAGAGUGGUACAAGAAUUGAUUUCUGAGGCUGAUAAGAGUUGUCGGAUGAUUAGCAUGUCCACUUUGGAGAACAUCGAGGUCUUUAAAGUUUCUGAUACUAGAAAGAAGACCUUCACAGUUACACAUGAGAAAGAGACUGAAUCAUUUGAUUGUGAGUGUAAACUCUUUGAAAGGUGUGGUUAUCUAUGCAACCACCUUUUCUUCGUCCUCAGAAACAAAGAUGUCAACAAUAUUCCAGAGAAGUAUGUUGGUAACCGGUGGCUGAAAAGUGAAUUAUUGAAGGCAGUUCAUGGUCUCACGAGUGAUGAAAGUGCGUCUGGCAAAGGUUAUAACGAAGAUGACAAGCUACAGAUUGGUAACAUGUGUCAUGGACGUUACUUUGGUCUAUAUCAACGCGCUUUUAAGAAUAAAAAUCAUCUGAUUGCAUUGGAUAAUUUGCUUGCGGGUAUUGCUCCUCAAAUUUUUACUGAUGACAUUACUGGAUCUUCAUCAGUUGAUAAAAAUGAUUCCAUCAAGAAUAUAUAUGGUAUUGCUAUACCUGAAGAAAUAACUGCACGUGCUCCAGAGGUGGUUAGUACAAAGGGAGGUGCAAGUGACAAGAAAAGCAGGAUUAAGUCGAGCAUAGAGAAAGCAAUUGAAAAAAGCAAGUAA